CGCAGCGGCGGAAAUCACAAGAGGCUCAAAGCUGCUGUGUAAUUGUACAGUGUAGCUGCUGAAGCAGCUAGAUUCUUUCUGCGAUCAUCUUUCAUUCAGAUUAAAUAUGCCGGACUAUCUGGGAGACGACCAAAGGAAGAUAAAGGAGGAGGAAAAGGAGGAUUCACCUAUUCGAGCUUUGGAUGAAGGAGACAUCGCGCUGCUGAAAACUUAUGGUCAAAGCACCUACUCCAGACAGAUCAAGCAAGUGGAAGAUGACAUCCAGCAACUGCUUAAAAAGAUCAACGAGCUCACAGGCAUCAAGGAGUCAGACACUGGCCUAGCCCCUCCAGCGCUCUGGGAUCUGGCUGCUGACAAACAGACUCUUCAGAGUGAACAGCCACUGCAGGUGGCAAGAUGCACAAAAAUCAUCAAUGCAGAUUCUGAAGACCCGAAAUACAUUAUCAAUGUCAAGCAGUUUGCCAAGUUUGUGGUGGACCUGAGUGACCAGGUGGCCCCAACUGACAUUGAAGAGGGCAUGAGAGUGGGCGUUGACAGAAACAAGUAUCAGAUCCACAUUCCUUUGCCUCCCAAGAUUGACCCCACUGUCACCAUGAUGCAGGUGGAGGAGAAGCCUGACGUGACCUACAGUGAUGUCGGUGGAUGUAAGGAGCAGAUCGAGAAGUUGAGAGAAGUGGUGGAGACUCCCCUGCUGCAUCCUGAGAGAUUUGUCAAUCUGGGCAUCGAGCCCCCAAAAGGUGUGUUGCUUUUUGGGCCUCCUGGCACAGGAAAGACCCUGUGUGCCCGCGCUGUAGCCAACAGGACAGAUGCUUGCUUCAUCCGAGUCAUUGGCUCCGAACUUGUGCAGAAAUACGUGGGAGAGGGAGCAAGGAUGGUGCGGGAGCUGUUUGAGAUGGCCCGCACUAAGAAGGCCUGUCUGAUCUUCUUUGAUGAAAUUGAUGCUAUUGGAGGUGCCCGUUUUGAUGACGGCGCUGGAGGAGACAAUGAGGUCCAGAGGACAAUGCUGGAGCUCAUCAACCAGUUGGAUGGCUUUGAUCCUCGCGGAAACAUUAAAGUUCUGAUGGCCACCAACAGACCAGACACACUGGACCCAGCCCUGAUGCGUCCAGGACGUCUGGACAGGAAGAUUGAGUUCAGCCUGCCUGACCUGGAGGGUCGCACACACAUCUUCAGGAUCCACGCCCGCUCCAUGAGUGUGGAAAGAGAUAUUCGAUUUGAGCUGCUGGCUCGUCUUUGCCCCAACAGCACAGGUGCCGAGAUCCGCAGCGUCUGCACAGAGGCCGGCAUGUUCGCCAUCAGAGCACGAAGGAAGGUUGCUACAGAGAAGGAUUUUCUAGAGGCCGUUAACAAGGUCAUCAAGUCCUACGCCAAGUUCAGCGCCACCCCCAGAUACAUGACCUAUAACUGAGAGUCUGUGUGUGUGAAAGUUUUCCCUUGGGCUUUUUUUUCCCCUCUUUCUCUCAAAUGAUAACAGCUUUUCGAAGAAAGAAAAGUCGCUGUGUUUUCUUUGUUUGCUUAAAAAUAAACUCUAUUCCUGG